GAGUCUCAUAUUAGAGUUGCACGGUACUGGGAGGAGGGAGAACCUCUACAUUGCACAACACAGACUACCUCUGCUCUCUGGGUCACCCUGCCUAUCACAGUUGGUGGGGUACAGUCAAUGAGUAGCCACCCACCAGCAUUAUCCCUGGGUGGGCAUUGUCCGUUUUACAGGACCUGAUCUGUGGACGGUUAUACUUCCAUACUAGGGAACGGAAAAAAACCAAGAGGAGCUUGUGGGAUAAACAAAUGCACUGCAGUUUGGAAGAUCUUGAGAACAUCUAAUGAGGAGCACAUGAGAAGCUGUCUACAGAAAUUACCUGCUGCCUUUUAUAUUUGUUUUUUAUUAUACAUUUUCUUUAUGACCCUACAUUCUGAUUGUGGUAAAGCAGAGAGACUGGUGGAGACGUGAGGAACAAUUCACCUAUAAUGACACUGGAGUUCACUCUGCUAAUUGUUGCUGUCACCACCAGCUGGAGUUGAAUUAUGGGGUUUGCUUGGGUACUACGUGAGAAGGACAUGCUCAGACUGAGAUGGAUAGAGUACACCAGCAGGGAAAUCCUGUAAAAAUCGAUAUUCACCAUCAGGAAAAAGUGAAGCCCUGGGUUGUGGCUGGGAUGGGGGUGGAAAAGUUCCCUCAGCGUCCUGUGAAGGCAUCUCAACCACCUAUAGAUGUCCACUUGACCAGCACCAGCAAUCUGGAGGGUGGGCUUCCAUGCCACCCUGGUACAGGUGCCUUGCAAGAAAGAACUCAUUUUGUGGGUAUGGCCAUAGAUAGAGAAGAGGAGACACCUUUGUUGACUUGUAUAACAGGUCCCCUGAGGGCUAGAGGGUUAACCAAUGGGGACAUGCAGCUCUUAAGGGGUGGACCAAGUGGAGUGAUGAGCAACAGGGAGGUGGUGGGAAGCCAAGAUGUUGGAUUUUAUGCAAGGACAGAUGGUAAUGGGGUAAAAAGAAAAUGGGUAGGAAGUAGUUUGACUGAGGUUGAUGCUGGGAGAUUGGCAACAGAAGGUAGCCAAACUCUAUUCCCUCCUGUGGAGGGCAAGAAAAGGAAGGCAGGUGUUUACAACAUUUCCCAAAUUCCCACUGACCCAAAUUGUAGAAGGGAUGCUCAGCACACACCGUUGGAUUUAACAAAAAAAGUACCAAUGGGUGGUCCUCAAAGGAUGGCCUUAGAAUACAUUGUCCCGUGUAUGGCAUACUAUGGCAUAUGUGUCAAGGACCACUUUUUAGGACAGACGCUUGGGUCCAGAAUCCUAGGGGAGGUAGAAAUGCUGAACAGCAGUGGCAAAUUUCGAGAUGGUCAGUUAGUCAGCCAGAGGACUAUCCCAUCCAAAAACAUCCGCGGUGAUCAGAUUGCCUGGGUAGAAGGGAAAGAACCUGGGUGCGAGAGCAUUGGGCUGUUGAUGUCCAAGAUUGAUGAAGUUAUCAUGCACUGUAAUGGCAAGCUGGGGAAUUAUAUCAUCAAUGGGAGAACUAAGGCGAUGGUGGCAUGUUACCCAGGGAAUGGUAUGGGAUAUGUUAGGCAUGUUGACAACCCAAACCAAGAUGGACGCUGCCUGACCUGCAUCUACUACCUAAAUCAGAACUGGGAUACCAAGGUUCAUGGAGGUCUGCUUCAGAUCUUUCCUGAGGCUCGCUCUGUUGUUGCAAAUAUUGAGCCAUUGUUUGAUCGGUUAUUAAUCUUUUGGUCAGAUCGGCGAAAUCCUCAUGAAGUAAAGCCUGCUUACACCACACGGUACGCCAUAACCGUUUGGUAUUUUGAUGCAAAAGAACGAGCAGAGGCCAAAGAUAAAUACCGAUUGGCCAGUGGACAGAAGGGUCUUCAUGUGCCUGUCUCUCAUCCUGCCGCUGUAUGACGACAGUUGACAAAUCUGCCUCUCCUUAGAUUUUGCAGCCUGUUUGGACCCUCAGCUGUGGUCUGUCCUGUUGCCAACUGGACAAUUGUGGGCUUUAAUGAGAACAGUUAGGGGGGAAAGAUAUGGGGAUCUGGGCUUCAUUAAUCAUCUGCUGCUCCAGAUAUAGAGGGUAAUAUUAAUCCUCUUUGCUGCUACGACACUCGCAAACCAUCCUGCAGUGAUUGACCCUUCAAUUGCUGGAAUGUGCUGAAUACCAUUUCAGGUGAAACUUUCUGAGCGAAUUGUGCCAAGGUUGUUCAUGCUGUUGAUUUUUGCAGAAUGUUUCAAGGUGAUAUUUGAGGUCUUGUAGCAUUUCCUUCUAGAGGUAAAAACAUAAGUCUAUAUAUUUUAUUUUUUUUAAGACUAAGAAUGUGGUUGGGAGGGUGUUGAUGGGUGGCAUAGAGAGAACGAGAGAGAAACUGGAUAAUGAGCAUACAGAGAAAAGUGUGAAUUUAGCACAAAUAGAAUUAUGGUUAGGAGCAAUCUGAGGAGCAAAUUUCUGGAGCAAAUUCAUAAUGUUGAAGAACAUAAAACUGCAAAUUGAUAUUUUGAGAAAUUGUCUGGUGAUCAUUAUCUGCUGAAGGAUAUAGAAGACAAGGAAGAUAGCAUAACACCUGGUCCUAACAUAACUUCUGAGCCAAUAAUUAUUUGUUGAUUGGUGAGAGCCGUCCUACCUCCAUUUGCACCUCUCCUGUGUCAGGAAAUACUUCUACUCUGGAUCCUGACGUAAAAUGGAAAUGCAAAAUGAUCUUUUUUGUGUAUUUUUUUUUUUUUUAAAGUUUUAUUUCUUUACUUGGCUGAAGCAGGCGGGGGGUAGCAGUUUGGGAAUUUCUAUGACUGAAAAAAAAUAAAGAUUUAUAUUAUAAGAGUGUCAAUAAAGAGAGAUGUCAUAGAA